AUGGCCGAGCUACAGCCAGAGGUGCAGCAGGACCAAUCGGGGAACCGUGCCCGGCCACACGCAGGAGGGCAGCAGGAGCCGCCCGGGGUAGAGCAGCGUGAGCUGCCAAGGGAAGAGCAGCAGGAGCUGCCGGCAAGGGAGCAGCAAGCAAGGGAGCAGCAAGCGGUAGAAGUGGAGAUGGCCGAGCUACAGCCAGAGGCACAGCAGGACCAAUCGGGAAACCAGGCCUGGCCACAGGCAGGAGGGCAGCAGGGGCCGUCCGGGGGAGAGCAGCUGGAGCUGCCAAGGGAAGAGCGGCAGAAGCCGCCGGGGGUGGGGCAGCUGCCGGCAAGGGAGCAGCAAGCGGUGGAUGUGGAGAUGGCCGAGCUAAUGCCAGAGGUGCAGCAGGACCAAUCAGGGAGCCAAGUCCGGCUGCAGGCAGGAGAGCAGCAGGAGCUGCCGGGGGAGGAGCGGCAGGAGCUGCCAACAGGAGGGCAGCUCGAGCUGUCGGGGGGAGGGCAGCAGGAGCUGUCGGAGGGGGAGCGGCGGGAGCUGCCGGCGCGGGGGCAGCUGGAGGUCGCUAGUGCGGACUCUACAAGCCAAGCGAAGAGAACCCGGGCACGGGGCCGAGGCGGGAGACGACACGCCCGUAAGACGCAAGGGCGAACUGGAAGCGGAGCUGCCGCACAGCAGGCGGAGGGGCAGCCGGGGGCGACCGAGACACCCCCGGGAGCUCCGCGGGUGGGGGGGCAGCCCUGGGUGCCCGGGGCGCCCCAAGGAGAGCAGCAGCCAGGGGAGCUGCCGGGGGUGACCGGAGCACCCCAGGGAGAGCAACAGGCAGGGGGGCAGCCGAGGGUGCCCGGAGCACCCCAGGGAGUGCAGCAGGCAGGGGGGCAGCCGGGGGUGCCCGGGGCACCCCAGGGAGUGCAGCAGGCAGGAGGGCAGCCGAGGGUGCCCGGGGCACCCCAGGGAGUGCAGCAGGCAGGGGGGCAACCGGGGGUGCCCGGGGCACCCCAGGGGGUGCAGCAGGCAGAAGGGCAGCCGAGGGUGUCCGGGGCACCCCAGGGAGUGCAGCAGGCAGGAGGGCAGCCGGGGGUGCCCGGGGCACCCCAGGGAGUGCAGCAGGCAGGGGGGCAGCCGGGGGUGCCUGGGGCACCCCAGGGAGUGCAGCAGACAGGGGGGCAGCCGGGGGUGCCCGGGGCACCCCAGAGAGUGCAGCAGGCAGGAGGGCAGCCGAGGGUGCCCGGGGCACCCCAGGGAGUGCAACAGGCAGGGGGGCAACCGGGGGUGCCCGGGGCACCCCAGGGGGUGCAGCAGGCAGGAGGGCAGCCGAGGGUGCCCGGGGCACCCAAGGGAGUGCAGCAGGCAGGGGGUCAGCCGGGGGUGCCCGGGGCACCCCAGGGGGUGCAGCAGGCAGGGGGGCAGCCGGGGGUGCCCGGGGCACCCCAGGGAGUGCAGCAGGCAGGGGGGCAACCGGGGGUGCCCGGGGUACCCCGGGGGGUGCAGCAGGCAGGAGGGCAGCCGAGGGUGCCCGGGGCACCCCAGGGAGUGCAGCAGGCAGGGGGUCAGUCGGGGAUGCCCGGAGCACCCCAGGGAGUGCAGCAGGCAGGAGGGCAGCCGGGGGUGCCCGGGGCACCCCAGAGAGUGCAGCAGGCAGGGGGGCAGCCGGGGGUGCCCGGGGCACCCCAGGGAGUGCAGCAGGCAGGGGGGCAACCGGGGGUGCCCGGGGCACCCCGGGGGGUGCAGCAGGCAGGAGGGCAGCCGAGGGUGCCCGGGGCACCCCGGGGGGUGCAGCAGGCAGGAGGGCAGCCGAGGGUGCCCGGGGCACCCCAGGGAGUGCAGCAGGCAGGGGGUCAGUCGGGGAUGCCCGGAGCACCCCAGGGAGUGCAGCAGGCAGGAGGGCAGCCGGGGGUGCCCGGGGCACCCCAGAGAGUGCAGCAGGCAGGAGGGCAGCUGAGGGUGCCCGGGGCACCCCAGGGAGUGCAGCAGGCAGGGGGGCAACCGGGGGUGCCCGGGGCACCCCAGGGAGUGCAGCAGGCAGGGGGUCAGCCGGGGGUGCCCGGAGCACCCCAGGGAGUGCAGCAGGCAGGAGGGCAGCAGGGGAUGCCCGGGGCACCCCAGGGAGUGCAGCAGGCAGGGGGGCAACCGGGGGUGCCCGGGGAACCCCAGGGAGUGCAGCAGGCAGGGGGUCAGCCGGGGGUGCCCGGGGCGCCCCAGGGAGUGCAGCAGGCAGGUGGGGAGCCGGGGGUGCCCAGGGCACCCCAGGGAGUGCAGCAGGCAGGAGGGCAGCAGGGGGUGCCCGGAGCACCCCAGGGAGUGCAGCAGGCAGGAGGGCAGCCGAGGGUGCCCGGGGCGCCCCGGGGAGUGCAGCAGGCAGGAGGGCAGCCGGGGGUGCCCGGGGCACCCCAGGGAGUGCAGCAGGCAGGGGGGCAACCGGGGGUGCCCGGGGCACCCCAGGGAGUGCAGCAGGCAGGGGGUCAGCCGGGGGUGCCCGGAGCACCCCAGGGAGUGCAGCAGGCAGGAGGGCAGCCGAGGGUGCCCGGGGCAUCCCAGGGAGUGCAGCAGGCAGGAGGGCAGCCGAGGGUGCCCGGGGCACCCCAGGGAGUGCUGCAGGCAGGAGGGCAGCCGAGGGUGCCCCGGGCACCCCAGGGAGUGCAGCAGGCAGGAGGGCAGCCGAGGGUGCCCGGGGCACCCCAGGGAGUGCAGCAGGUAGGAGGGCAGCCGAGGAUGCCUGGAGCACCCCAGGGAGAGCAGCAGGCUGGGGGGCAGCCGGGGGCGACCGGAGCACCCCAGGGAGAGCAGCAGCUAGGGGGGCAGCCGGGGGUGACCCGAGCACCCCACGGCGAGCAGCAGGUAGGGGAGCAGCCGGGGGUGACCGGAGCACCCCAGGGAGUGCAGCAGGCAGGAGGGCAGUCGAUGGUGCCUGAGGAACCCCAGGGAGUGCAGCAAGGAGGAGGGCAGGGAGUGCAGCAGGCAGGAGGGCAGCCGAGGGUGCUCGGAGCACCCCAGGGGGAGCAGCAGGUAGGGGGGCAGCCGGGGGUGACUGGGGCACCCCAGGGAGUGCAGCAGCCAGGGGGGCAGCCGAGGGUGCCCUGGGCACCCCAAGGAGCACAGCAAUCAGGGGGGCGAUCGAUGGACGACCAGGAGCAACAGUUGGAGGAGUGGUGUCGACUUUUGGAGCUUGAUACCCCCAUGGCGACUGUGGAGGAGUCAGAGGCGGACGAAGCACCUCCCAUGCCGCCUUCCCCAUGCCCCCGCUUUCCGUGCGACACGUGUUUCCACACUUUCGCUACGCGGGGGGCCGCUGCGAACCACAUGAGGGUAUGCCGAGCGGCGGAGGCGGAGAGGCGUGCACAGGCUCUCGGCUCGAUUCCGUCUCUGGUGGAGACCGACACGCAGGAGCGAUCGACGCCGCGGGAAUUUGGGGAGGAGGCGUGGGCUGGGGUUACGUCAUGGGAAUGGGAAACAUUUUUCAGCGUGGAGGCGGUUGGAGGGAGGACAGUGCGCCGGAUCCCACAGCGGGCCAGGUCGGGGGUUUUAGACGCGCUCUGUUGCAUCCUUAAGCGCUUGAAGAGCCAGCCGGGAGAUGAAGCCGCUACCCUCCUACUCUUGGCGUUUCCGCGCCUCAUCCUAGCCAUGCCUCCCAAGCCAGGCAUAGGUCAGAAGGCGCUGAUCACAGAGCGGUUGGGUGCGUUCUGGGAGGGGAGGUGGCGGGAGCUGUUCGAUUCUGCCAUGGUGGCGGCGCGGCCAGCAGUUCGCCCACUUUCCUACACUUGCUCUGACCAGGACCCGGAUGCCAUCCGCCUGUCACGGUGCCGAUCUCGGUGCAAAGUGGGGGAGUGGAGCCGUGGAUUGGCCUGCCUUACAGCAGGGGAGUUGGCUCGACCGUCUGAGGUCAUGAUGCAGUCGCUGCGAGAGAAGCACCCGGCUAGCGCUGGCGAGGCGCUGGUGCUGGCGCCUUUUGGCGCUUGUGCUGGCGCCUUUUGGCGCUGGUGCUGGCGCCUUUUGGCGCUGCCGCUGGCGCCUUUUGGCGCUGGCGCUGACUCCUUUUGGCGCUGGCGCUGGCGGCUUUUGGCGCUGGUGCUGGCGCCUUUAGGCGCUGGUGCUGGCGCCUUUUGGCGCUUGUACUGGCGCCUUUUGGCGCUGGUGCUGGCGCCUUUUGGCGCUGGCGCUGGCGCCUUUUGGCGCUGGCGCUGGCGCCUUUUGGCGCUGGCGCUGGCGCCUUUUGGCGCUGCCGCUGGCGCCUUUUGGCGCUGGCGCUGGCGCCUUUUGGCGCUGGUGCUGGCGCCUUUUGGCGCUGGCGCUGGCGCUGGCGCCUUUUGGCGCUGGCGCUGGCGCCUUUUGGCGCUGGUGCUGGCGCCUUUUGGCGCUGGCGCUGGCGCCUUUUGGCGCUGCCGCUAG